ACCGACUGAGUUCUAUGCUGACGCAUGGCAAUAUUGAUUUUUCCACCUUUUCCAGUCAGUUUUGUGCGCUUGUAUGCGCCGUCGCUCAGUCUGUGGGGUGGUUAGUCGUUGUGUGGAAGUCUUUGAAAUUCGGUUGUCACGCCAGUGCGUUUGCGUUAAAGAUUUGUGUGAAAUGUUAAAACAAUAGUGAAAUGACUUUGUGCGCAGUUCAAAAGCACAUUUAAUAAAUUUGUGAAACGAAAUGCCACUAUUUUUAAAUUCAUAAUUCUCACAAAAUCGAGCAAUUUUUGUGGCUGCCAGUGUUCGUUGCUAAAAUAAAAUACACCUCAGCAUCCAGUACGUCCUUGAAGUAAUAAUUUAAACCGCGAUCACUUAUUGCGGGUAUGACAUACAAAUGUCACUCCACGUGUAGUCGCUCUGUGAAACAGUGGAAACCUAACCAAAGAUAGGGCCAGGAGCCCAGUAAAUUAAAAUAGCUAUAAAUUAAGUAUAACUGUAAGAAUUUUAAAGUAAUCCAGUAACUGGUUAAGUAAGAAAUCGACAGAAACCAAAUAUAAAAUGAAUGUGACCACCGUUUCAACCGGCACCAGCACUGGCAGUAUCAACGCUACCCAACAGACGACCAAAACAUACAAAAUCGAAAUGUUGGAUGAUGGUCAACUUAGCAUGGCCUCAGAUGACGACGACGAUGAUUUGAUAAACAGUGAUGAUAGUAUUUACGAUGACGCCGAUCUGGCACAUAUAACGGUGCAAGAUGAUGUGGCCAACCAAUUGGCUGCAGCCGGUCCGGUGGGUGUGGCUGCUGCAGCGGCGAUUGCAUCGUCGAAAAAACGAAAACGCGCACACUCGUUCGAGACGAAUCCAUCGGUGCGUAAACGACAACAAAAUCGUCUACUGCGGAAACUGCGCGGUAUAAUUUAUGAGUUUACUGGACGGGUGGGCAAACAGGCCGUGGUGCUGGUGGCUACACCCGGUAAGCCAAAUACCAGUUACAAAGUUUUUGGUGCCAAACCGUUGGAGGAUGUGGUGCGAAAUCUGAAGAACAUUGUAAUGGAUGAGUUGGAAAAUGCACUCGCACAGCAAGCACCGCCGCCACCGCAAGACGAUCCCUCACUUUUUGAGCUACCACCCUUGAUUAUUGAUGGCAUACCAACACCAGUGGAGAAAAUGACACAGGCUCAGCUGCGCGCUUUCAUUCCGCUCAUGCUUAAGUACUCGACUGGUCGCGGUAAGCCUGGUUGGGGACGUGAAUCUACUCGACCGCCUUGGUGGCCCAAAGAGCUGCCUUGGGCAAAUGUACGCAUGGACGCGCGCUCCGAAGAUGACAAGCAGAAGGUGAGAAUCAGCUGGACUCAUGCUCUGCGGAAAAUCGUCAUCAAUUGUUACAAAUACCAUGGAAGAGAGGAUUUAUUGCCAACUUUUGCUGACGAUGAAGACAAGAUUGAAAUGCUGGAAGGCGAGGAGGACGAUGAGAUGGAUGAGCACGAACCCGCGACAACAUCAACAACUAUACAGACGGUUGCUAAUGCCUCAACAAAUACAACAAACCAAGUGAAUGUCGUAAAGAUCAACAGCGCCGGCACAGUUAUCUCUACGCACACGGCCAAUGCUCAAGCACAAGGCAACGCUGUGCCUACAAUUAUCCAAAGCACCAACAACCAACACAUAACAACCACCGCAACGCUUCCAGCCUCGACUAAGAUCGAAAUUUGCACAGCACCGGUACAAACGGCUAGUCAGGCGUCACAGGUACAGCAACAGGCCAAUGCCGCUGCCGCACAGAGUAUUGCAAACGCGCAGGUUUGCAUCGAGCCGCUGACUUUGGGCGAUGUAGAUUAUACCACACAAACGGUGUUGUCCACAAUACAAAAUGCUGACGGCACAGUGUCUCUGAUUCAGGUAGAUCCGAAUAACCCUAUAAUCACUUUACCCGAUGGCACAACGGCGCAGGUGCAAGGUGUAGCCACCCUACAUCAGGGCGAGGGUGGUGCUACUAUACAGACUGUGCAAAGUUUAGGCGAUGUCAAUGGUCAUGAAAAUAUGACUGUGGAUUUGACAGAGGCGACUGUGGCCCAAGAUGGUCAGAUUUAUAUAACUGCUGAAGAUGGACAGGGUUAUCCUGUUUCGGUGAGCAACAUGAUAACAGUACCGGUCUCUGCAUCCAUGUACCAGUCUAUGAUGGCCAACAUACAACAGAUCCAUACGAACGGUGACGGCACAGUGUGCAUCACACCGAUGCAGGUAGAUUCUCGUCCCAAUAGUAGUAAUAGUAGAAGCAACAGCCACAAUACCAACAAUAGUAGAAACCAUUUUCAAUGUUAUACCUUAACAGCAGCACCAGGUGGGCUGGGCGCCCGACUAAUUGCAACAGCGCCAAGUACAGCCUUGCCUUCGACAGAGAAUCAAAGCCAAACAAAUUUAGCCAAUAAUAAUGUUACGAAUUGCCAAAUAUUUAAUCAGUGUAAUUUAAGUAAUAAUACAUCUAGUCAAAUUAGCCGCUCCGACCACAGCCAGCACCAUCAACAGAGGCAACAACAAUUGCCAGCCAUUCCCGGCACAGCGAAAAUAUUCAUUAACACCGCUAGCUUCGCAACCAUAAACAAUAACAACUCAUUAAACACUAAUAACAACAAUAAGUUCGGGAAUUUAGCCAAUACUGCUGCGGUAGUGCCGCUGUCGCUACCAAUUAUGGUGGCCACCGCCGGAGUGCCUACGGCCACCAGCAGUGCAAGUUCUAACGGUUCGACCGGCGCUGAAACGGGAGCUGGUGCAAGUGGUGCGAAUGCAACUACCACAAGAACGACGGGCAAAAGGGGUGCACAUAAGCGGCGUAAACAAACUAUUGGCAAAGUGCCACCCGUUAAAUUGGAGAGGUGUGCAGCCAAAACCCUACUUCAGGGUAAUAUAAGUUUUGUAGACGAUGAUGUGGAUGGCCAAGCUAACGGUUCGCACGACAAUGAUAAUGUGGUCAAUGAUGAAGGCGAUGGUGGUGCUGGAGAUGGUAGAGGCUCAGAGGCAAAUAUAAACAUGUUAGGAGUAGGCCUGCCAGGGAAAAUUAUAAAAAGUGAAAACGUAGAAAACUAAAGGAUCGCGUAGAAAUUCAUAAUACAAAUUAUUAUUAUAUAUUUCGAUACACAUACAUAAGUGCUUAUGUAUGUGUACAUAUCUCGUUGAUUUAAAACUUAGCCAAAGUAAUCCACAAUUUACAAUCUCACAACGGUGUUUUUGUUUCUAGUCAACAUACAUACAUAAUUAACAAAUCGCAAACACAUCGCACAUUCAAAUAAGUUUAUGUUUGGGGAGUUGUAAACUCUCUCAAUAAUACCCAAUGAUAAAUGGGGGAUGUGUAGUGAACCACCAAGUGCCUUUAAAGAUUUGAACGUAGUGAGAGUUGCGCUUUGGAAAUGAAGCUUUACUUGGAAUCAUAUAAGAAAACUCUAGAAGCGCCUUAAUUCGUAAAUGUUUGUGAAACAUACUUGCCAUUGUUGUUUAAUUUUAUUUGUUAGUUAUAUUCUAAUUUGCUGCAUAGUUUAAUUCACAUUAAUUAUUUUAUUGUUUGUUUACAUUUAUGCAGUCACUUUGCAUAAUCGAUAUUUAUCGAUUUUUUUCACUUUUUAGCUUUAUCCUAUUAUUAUAGAAUGUAUACACCGCAUAUACACAAAAGCAAAACAUGUAUAAUAUUUUAAGAUUUUUUUUUUGUAGAUUUAUCGUAUGAUUUGUAAUUGAUAGCCAAAGUUGAUGUAACGAACCCACAUUGAAAUAAGUAAUUGGAAAUGUUCCUAGCUUAAAUAUGUACUAAUAUUAAUUUUAAAUCACGAAUUGAUCGUCAAUGAGCCCACUUGCUAAUGCGAAACAAAACCAAAUAUGAAAUCUUUAGCUUAUUGUUGUAUUUUACAUACUUAUGUACAUAUACAUAAAUAUAACAUA